GUAACGCCUAUCUCAAUAAAAAUACUGUUUUGCCCUUGUGUCUAGAAGAUCCAUUCUCACCACACGAUUUCUUCAUCCAACGGCACACUGCUUCACCCGAUUCUUAUAUAAACCCUUCUUCAACCUCCGUUCAUCCCCUUGCUUGCGCCGCUUACCUGUUCCUCUUCGCAAAACUUCCCCUGCGCCCAACUCUCUCCAAUCUUCCGUACGCACAUACAUUGCUCUGCCCACUGCCGUUGAUGCCACCGCGCACGCGUCUGACUCGCCACAGCACGCCGGAAUCCAAGAUGGCCGCCGAGGAUUUUGAGUGGGAGAGAUCCAAAAUCUCCAAUCAAGACAUCAACACGCUGAAGAGGCUCGGCCUCAUGACGAAGGAGGACGCCAUCCGCUUUCCUAGCGAAGAAAGCUACCCCAAGCCUCCAAUGGAGUAUCGGGUUAGUUUUGUUGAUCACCUGAUCCGCGGCCUUUCAACCCCAAUCCACGAUUUCCUCCGCGGCCUUCUUUUCGUUUAUGGGAUUCAACUGCACCAGUUGACUCCCAAUUCCAUCCUUCACAUUUCUAUUUUUAUCACACUUUGCGAAUGCUUCCUCGGAAUCCCUCCCAAUUGGGCUCUGUGGAAGCGCAUUUUCUGCCUCCGCCGUAAUGGCUCCCACAACGUCACUUAUAACAUAGGUGGCGUUGUUAUCUGUGUUCGGACUGAUGUCGAUUAUUUCGACGUCAAGUUUCCUGAUUCUGUCCAAGGAUGGCGCAAAAAGUGGCUCUACAUCCACGAAGAAAGCGCCAAUUCUGUGGAGCACAACAUAGUUCCUUUUGACGGAAGUGCCAGGAUUCAGCGUCGCCGUUCCUGGGAUGCCGAAGCUUCUGAAGAAGAGAAAAAGGCGACAGAGGCGCUCAUGGCUCGUAUCCGUCAUCUUCAAAACACUCGAGGCAAAGAGCUAUCUGGUGUUCAAAUUACUGCCUACUUCCUUAGGAUUAGAGUGCAGCCUCUUCAGGCUCGCAAAAAUCCCCUUUGGACGUAUUCUGGUGAAAAUGACGCCAACAGAAUCUCCAGUGAUCUUUCUGUAAAGGACUUGGAAAAAUUGGUUCGAAGAAUUUCUCGAUUAGGCAAGAAGGAUCCUAUUCCCUCCUCCUGUCGAGUGGAACCAUACAGUGCUUCCAAUCCUCUUCCCGAGAAUCAUCCUACUAUGGCUUCCCUUCCUCCUCUUCCUGAGGAUGGAGAGGUCGAAGAAAGAGCCGUUGUCGAUGAUGUCAACCAGGAGACCCCCUCUUUUGUGAAUGAACCCGCAGAUUCUCGAAAAUCUGCGGGAUCUACUGAGAAGGAUGCUGCCUCUGAAGAUACAACAUCAGCGCAAUCUCCUCCUCCUGCUGUUUCUCCGAAGAGCAAAAGGAAAAGGAGCAAUGCCGAAGAUUCCGGGACCUCGAAACCCGAAGAAACUGCUCCUGCACCUCGAAAAGCAGCUUAUGAUCCAUACAUCGAGAGUAUCAUCAGCUCUGAUGAUGAAGAAACACCAACUUUAGAUGUGGCUGCUCGAACGAGCACGUCACAUACUUUAGUUAUUUCAGAAAAACCAGUUGAGGGGGAGGAAUCGUCGCCUCCUCAACAAAAUGUUGAUACAUCUACUCCUUCGAGCCCCCGUGCCCCUUCACCAAAAAGGGCACGGGUUGAAAAGAUUGUUGAUCCUGCCCCUCAGUUGGGCAGUUCGUCGCCCCCGCUCCUAGAUGAUCCUAUGAUCAAGGAUCUUCUCCGCAUCGGUUCCCAAUUUAUUGGGUACCGUGAAUAUGCUAAUAGAGCCGAAGAGAAACUUGCAGAGGCUAACGAACGCGCCGACGCACUGGCUCAAAAACUUGAGCAAAGUGAGGCGGCUCGCAAGAAAGCCGAACUCGCUGCUAGCAAAGCCAAGGUCGAAGCUGAUGAAGCUAAGGCGAAAGCUGCUGGUGUCGAGGAACUGCAGAAGAAACUUGAGGAUGCGACAGCUGCCUUGGAUGAGCACAAAGCUGCACAAGCUUCUCGUGACGAAGGAAUCCUCAAGCGUUUGAAGUCGCAAAGUUGCAGCUGCAGAAAUGCUUGCUUGAUCCACCACCUUGCUCUUGGUAUCGUUCUCGGCCCCUCUCAGGCGUCCUCAACAGCGUGGUCACUGAGAAGCUUAGCGGUGACAACUUCCUCCUCUGGCAAGCCCAGGAAGGAGAACAAGACUGCCUCUGUCUUCUUUGGGCAGAUCAAAAGCCUUGCUGAUGAGAUGGCAACAGCCGGCAAGCCCCUGGACAACGACGACAUUAUAUCAUAUGUCCUAGCCGGUCUCGAUGAAGAUUAUGACGGUUUUGUGGCUUCCGUCAAUGCAGUGCUCAAGGCGUAG